GAGGUCCGGUAACGCCCGAUACGAUAUUUUCACGUACCGGAAACAAUGUACAUACAAAGAUUAUUUUAACACUUACAUAUAAAAUAAUGAUACUUUUAAUUAAUGUGCACUUUAAAUAACAUAAAAAUAAUGAAAUGAAAAUUAUAUAGAUUAUAGUAAUGGCAGUUUGUCGCACAAUCAGAACAAAACUUGGUGUUUCAAAAUUUUUAUUGCAAUCACAGGAUGGCAACGAGCCCUGUACAGCAUUUUUAUAUACUGAUAAUAGUAUUGAAGUACAUUCCUUGAAAAAAGAUUUUGCUCCCUUAUACUUAGAAGAAAAUACAAAAGUUAAUAUCAUUAAUAAAGACGAUAUUGGAAUGCUACUUGCUGCAAGCACCCUUGAUAAAGCAACAGAAGAACUUUUUCUGCAUUUUUGGGAUUUAAACAGUUCAUCAUAUUUUCAACCAAAGGAAAUUCAAAUAGAAAGUAGCAAAACAACAAAGUAUUUAUUAUUGCAUAGCUUGGAAGAAAAAAUAGAAAAUUACAUAUUUGUUUCAUUUGAGAAUUUCUUAUGUAUUAUAGUAAACAGCAAGCAUUUGUAUCUAUUAAGUAUUGCAAAGUUUGAUCCAAAUUUGUUACAAAUCAAUUGUAAAAGUUUUUUAAAUUUUUUAUCUGCAAUAACAAAUGCUGUUUUUUUAACUCAAAAUAAAGAUAUUUAUUUAUGUUUAUCUGAAGGUGCAAAUAUUCAUGUUUUUCUUGUUGAGACAGAUCUAGUAUCUAUCAGUGUUACGCUUAUUCCAAUGAAACAUUCCCAUGGGAUUUGUAUUGUGGCAUUACAUAAGUUAACUUGUUCAAAGUGCUUAGUUAUUGAUAAUAUUGGACAUUUGUAUUUGUUUUGCUUACCUAAUGAAGUUUACUCUCUAAAGUUUCCGUGCUCUAUUGGGGGCCAUAGCAUAUUUGCAACUGUAGCUUAUGAACAAUCUACUGAUGGUAUUCUUGCCCUAUGCAGUGGCGAACACACUGUCAAUUUGUACUCUCUUGCUGAUUUGUUUGAUAGUAUUGAAAAUGAAGUUUUAGGAUAUAUUAAACCUUACCGUGUUUUGUGCAGUCAAUUUCCAAUAAAUUCAAUAACAUUUAUACAAAGUGACCAGAUUGCAAUGGCUUCUUCUGUUAAUCAAUCAAUUUCAUUUUGGGGUGGUUUUUUAAGCUAAUAUUUUUUUCAAAAUAAUAAAUUAUUAUAAAUAUGUGUGUUGAAUUCUAAGAUAUUGUUUAUCUUUAA